GAAGGCGGCCAAAGCUCUACUGGUCCUUUUGCCACUUCUCGGUGUCACCUACAUUCUCGUUAUUUGGACACCUACGCACAAAACGGCCAGAAUAAUAUUCACCUAUCUGCAGAUUACACUGCUGUCCACACAGGGUUUCAACGUCGCUGUACUCUACUGCUUCCUGAAUGGCGAGGUGCGAAAGUCUGUGCGGCACCACCUGGAGCGCUGGAAGACUGCCCGUGCCCUGAAACGCGGCGGCCGACGUCGCUCAAGCGCGUCACGUUUCAGCGACGUCCGUGUUGCCAACUCGAAGCGAGGAAGCUGCGGAAGCUUCGCUACGACCACCACGUCGCUGGGAAAUACGCGCCUCUACUCGGCCACCGGAAAGCGCUUCAGCAACGCUUCCUACGGCCCGGUGGCCCUGAAAGAUGAGCUUGUGUGAACGCGAUUCACCGACCUGCACCACACGACUCACGUUCGCAGCGAAACCUCCGACGUUCCUCGCGGAUAGGCAGCACUGACGGACGACAUGCCGGUCUACAUUCAGCAUGCAAUCGUCAAGAGCUAGCGCGGAAUGGCAGUUGUCUGUGCCAACGCGACUUGAUGAGCGUUGCUUCGCAGGCAUUUCACUGCCUAGACUGUGAGACUGUCGACCGCUCUCAACAGUCGGUUUCGCAUAACGUAAUGAUUGCUAAAAAACAAGGCAUGGGAGUGACUUUUGCUAACGGAACAUUUGCCUAGAAUUGCUGUACUGGCCGAAGAAUACCUGUCAGAUGCGGGCCAAUGCGGCUUGUUUCGAUAUUCAUUAUUCUCCUUCGACUAUAUUUUUUUCUUGUCGACCGUUUUAAGUUUACAGAAGUGGAACGGAGCAUUUCACAACCAUUCUCAACAUGGGAGACGUUGCCAAAGACUAAAUUGUAUCGGAUUAGCUGGAAGUGGUGACCUGUAGUAUUUGGUGGCUUGGCUGAUUGAAGGGAGUGCCGGUUGGGUACCGGGUCAGGUGACGGCGUCUGCAUAAGUCAACGAUGCAGUAACUUGUAUUGGAGACGCGUGCGAAGGAUCCUCGGCAACUCGCGUCUGAAUAGCACGGUGAAGUGAGUGGUUCUUGUGCCAGAAGAAAGUGAAGAACACGGAUUGCCAAGUUUAGUCAACUUACCAACCAUCCACAACUAGCCACAACUUGAAAGCGAAACAAAGUGAACGCCCGCCAUCGAACGUUGUGUGACUGUGAGCAAUGUGCGCGUUGUCGCUAGCACGCGAUCACUGGUGCUUGUCUGACUGUUACCAGCGUAUACAUAGAGUGCUUGAAAAGGGUGCUACUGCGGCGUUCAAGCAAUUUAUAUCUUCUCCAAAGUGACGUUGUGACUGGAAAUAGUGCGAGGGUCCCACCGCUUUUGAUGCAUGAGGUGGCGAUGACGGAAAGGAUAUUGACGUGGAACGACAGUGUACUAUUAUUGGCUUCAUUUGUAUACUCUAUCACGUAUGUCAUCCCAUAUGUGUGUACGUGACAUUGACGAAUUGCAUAGAGGUACCUUAACGAUAUUGCUUCGAAAAUAUUAUUUGUUUUGGUUCUACAGCGGUUAAAGCCACGUUCAAGUAACGUUAUCCACAGAUAUCAGGCAGUAAUACACAGUGCAAAGAUUGUUGAGUACUUGUUGUACAUGA